AUGAUCGGCGUAAGCAUCGCAGUUAUCUAUCUGAUCGUCUUCGCCCACGCCGAGGCCUUGUUGGUGAAUGACACUUUCAUCAGCCUGGACGAAGGUCAUCAGCUCCGUUCUCUCCGUCUACCCGUUAUCCAUGAGAGGCCUCCUAACUGCUUACCUCCAGCAGUCCAAUUUGGCGAUAAGGACUAUUGUUGGUUCAAUCUAGAGAACGCAGCCAGGACUGAUCGCCAUGCGGGUUUGCUUGUUCUCUCUAACGGCGCUCAUAGAAAUUCGUAUUCUACUCUGGAGCUUCAAGUCCUAUGGGCAAACUCAAAACCAUACGAUAUUGGCGUCUGGGCAGCUGGGAAUACAUUCCGACAUAUUGAUCUAGACGAUGGUUUGAAGCUCGACCUGCAAGUUUCUGUCCCCACGGUUAGUCGUAGUGGUGGGAAAGACGACGACGGCAAGAAGACAAUCGAGUUCGAUGUGGUUCUGUCGACUGCCGUGUCUGUACCUCACGUUGGCGUCAUUAGAGCGUCAGAUAAAACUACUGCCUUUGCCACACUAGACUUGGGAAAGGAAGGUAUAGACGCAAGAGCGUCCUUACGCUUGUUUUCCGAAGUGAAUAAAAAAGCCCCAGGUGUAGACUACGUUAUAACGUUUGAGGUAACCAUUGCUACCUACAACGGGAAAUUUGUAUGGUGGAUCUACCAAUGUCUCGUCGAUGUCGAUAUCAAAUAUAAGAAAGAUGGUAAGGAUGUCGACUAUAAGAAGAAUAUCAUCAUCUUUCGAGAGACGUCCAAGAGAUGA